AUGGAGUCCACAGAGACACUCGAUUGGCCACAGAAGAACGGAGACCGUCCCGAUACCAGCAACGGUAUUGAUGGUCACGAUGUUCAACCACCUACGCCUACCCCGGGCACGAGCGAUGCACCGGAACCGCCCAUCAACAAUAAUGGCAACCAGAGCGACAAUGGCAAUAGUUGCUGUACCGUGCCGACGCUAGCUUCACCGAGACCGUCGAGUCCGGCCGAAAAUGGCGAGAGUGCUAAUUGCACCCUAAUGCGCAGCAGUUCCCGACCCUCGACGGACGAUGGCAACCUGCUGUCACCGAAUACGUCGCGCUCGAGCAUGUCCCAAUCGCCCACCCAUCACCAUCUGUCCCCGUCGCAUCGUUCGGUGCCGCCCGAUUCGCUCUGCUCGCUGGAGGAGCUGGACGAGGUCGGUGCAUUCUUCGACGAACAUUCGGCCGCCAUCGAACGUUGGUUUCGCGAACGUGCCCCGAACGAUGUCAUUAGCAGGCUGCAGUCAAUUACCGCCGGGGACACUUCCAAGUCGCCGAAAUCGCCUCAUCGUGCGUCGGUCACUUCGGACCUGUUCCAACAAUGGCUUGCAUCGUCUCCGGUAAAGAAAUGCCGUUCGCCGACCUCCCGGAGCUCCAUCUCCAACCGCAGCCAUCUGGCCGACCUGGACGAGGGCGAACUGUUUAUGGAGCUGAUACGGGACGUAGCGAACGAGCUCGACAUCGACGUGCUGUGUCACAAGAUUCUGGUCAACGUCGGUCUCCUAACGCACGCCGACCGUGGUUCACUGUUCCUUGUCAAUGGGCCACCCUCCGGGAAGUAUCUGGUCGCCAAGCUGUUCGACGUUACGCAAAACACUCCAUUGGACGAAGCGGUCCGGCGAGCCAAACAGGACGAAAUCAUCAUUCCGUUCGGCGUUGGCAUAGCCGGCACUGUAGCACAAACGAACGAAACCAUCAACAUCAAGGAAGCGUACAAGGAUCCACGCUUUAACAGCGAAAUCGACCAGAAGACCGGCUACAAAACGAACAUCAUCCUCUCGAUGCCGAUCUGCAACUACGAGGGACAGGUGAUCGGCGUGGCGCAGAUCAUUAACAAAACGAACGGUUCACCCGAGUUUACCGAGCGAGAUGUGGAGAUAUUUCGCCGCUAUCUCACGUUCUGUGGCAUUGGCAUCCAGAACGCACAGCUGUUCGAAAUGUCCGUCCAGGAGUAUCGGCGCAAUCAGAUACUGCUCAACCUUGCCCGGAACAUCUUCUCCGAGCAGAACAACCUGGAGUGCUUGGUGACGAAAAUUAUGACCGAAGCACGCGAGCUGCUCAAGUGCGAACGGUGCGCGGUCUUUCUGCUUGAUCUCGACUGUGGCGAAGCGAACCACCUGGAACGGAUAUUGGAACGGCCGGAGAGGACUCAUCAAACCGUUUCGCGCCGAACGAGCCACAACGUGGACGUUGAGGAUGUGCUUCAGCAGCAGAACACGAUCUCGACGCGCUUCACGAUGAUAUUCGAGCUAGGCAGCAGCCAUCAAUCAUCGGCCAACAUUCUGCGACCGUCGGUGAGCGAUCUGAACAGCUCGAUGCUGGCCCAAAUUGCGGAGUAUGUGGCCGCAACGGGCGAAACGCUCAACAUUAGCGAUGUGCUCGAGUGGCUAAAGGAUAAGCCAAUCUGCCAACGGCAAGCCCAGCCGGUCUCGGCCGCGGGCGACGGAACGGUGGCCACGACCGCUUCGUUCGACGAGACGCACAGCGUCAAAUCGAUUCUGUGCAUGCCGAUCAUCAACGGCCAGAAGACGGUCAUCGGUGUCGCUCAAUUAAUCAAUAAGCAAAAUGAUCUACAAUUUACCAACUGUGAUAUCUCCAUCUUCGAGGCGUUUGCCAUCUUCUGCGGGCUCGGCAUCCACAACACGCAGAUGUACGAGAGUGCCUGUAAGCUGAUGGCGAAACAGAAGGUGGCACUCGAAUGUCUCUCGUACCAUGCGACCGCUAGUCAGGACCAGACGCUCAAGCUGGUCAACGAUACCAUCCAGUCGGCCGAGGAGUACAAGCUGUAUAGUUUUAAGUUCAUCGACUUCGAUCUCGACGACGAUGAUACAUGCCGGGCAGCGGUGCGGAUGUUUCUACAAUGCAAUCUGGUUCAACAAUUUCACAUUCCAUACGACGUCCUGUGCCGCUGGAUACUGAGCGUGCGGAAGAACUACCGUCCAGUGAAGUAUCACAACUGGCGCCAUGCACUGAACGUGGCCCAGACCAUGUUUGCGAUGAUGAAAACCGGCAAGAUGGAACGUUUCAUGACGGAUCUGGAAAUUCUUGGUCUGCUCGUUGCGUGCCUCUGCCAUGAUCUCGACCACCGUGGUACGAACAACGCAUUCCAAUCCAAAACCGACAGCCCGCUGGCCAUCCUCUACACGACGAGCACGAUGGAACACCACCAUUUCGAUCAGUGCGUGAUGAUACUGAACUCCGAGGGUAACAACAUAUUUCAGGCACUAUCCCCGGAGGACUUCCGCACGGUGAUGAAGGUCGUCGAGACGGCGAUCCUGUCGACCGAUUUGGCGAUGUACUUCAAGAAGCGCAACCAGUUCCUGGAGCUGAUCGAGAACGGCGAGUUUGACUGGCAGAGUGAGGAGAAGAAGGAAAUCCUGUGCGGCAUGAUGAUGACGGCGUGCGAUGUGAGCGCCAUUGCGAAACCGUGGGAGGUGCAGCACCGGGUGGCCAAAUUAGUGGCGGACGAGUUUUUCGACCAGGGCGAUCUGGAGAAGCUACAGCUCAAUCAGCAACCCGUUGCGAUGAUGGAUCGUGAACGUAAGGAUGAACUGCCCAAGAUGCAGGUUGGGUUCAUUGACGUCAUCUGCCUGCCGCUGUACAAGGUGCUGACGGAAGCGUUUCCCUGGAUCAGCCCACUGUACGACGGUACGCUGGAUAACCGGCAACACUGGCACGAUCUGGCCGAGAAGGUUGAGAUGGGUCUGACCUGGAUCGAUCACGACACGAUCGACAAGCCGGUGGAAGAGUUUGCCGCGGGUAGGGAACCGUUGGCCGACAUCGAGUUCACGGUGACGACACUCAACUGUGCACAUCCGGAGGAAAAAACCGAAACGACACCGGUCCACGAACGUAAACCACGCUUCAGCAGCUUGCGAAAAACAGGUGCCCUGGGGAAAGCCGUCCGGAACAAACUCUCCAAAUCGGUGCACCAUAACGCGGCCGGUAAUGAGCGACCUGCGUCCAUUGUUUCACAGCCUGGCAGCACGAAGAGUGGCACGGACGAUGGUACACCAACACCGGUCGGUGGCGAACAUCCUUUGCUAUCUGGUGGGGAGACGUCCGAUCAUCAUGCCGGCGAUCAGCAGCAACAGCAGCACGAUCAAUCCUCACAAUCGGUUCCGGCAACGCCCGGCAGUGGGCUUCCGCCCUUCCAGCUGCAGGAUGGCGCAAGUACGACGACCCAACAGCCCCCGAAACAUCCCACCAAGCCGGUGAAGAAGCGCUCCAAGCUGUGCAUGCUGUUGUGA